AUGUACACCUACCAAAAGGUGUCCAUGACCCAGAUGUACAAACAAGAGAAGGGCUGCGGCAAGAAGGGAGGCAUUCUGUGUGAGGAGAUGGGGACGGGCAAGACGCUGAUCUGCAUCGGGAUCAUCCUGCUGACGAAGGGCACGCAGUGCACGCCGAUAGGGCACCACAAGAUACACAGGGCGGCUCUGCCAGCCAAGAGAGCCGAGGCUGCCGCAGCGGCAUCCGCCGAUGUUCUGCCGUGCGAGUGGUCGGACGAAGCGGUGGACAACGGGUCCGUGCUGUCGCUAAAGGCGCUCGCCGGUUCGCUGGUCAAGUGCGCCACCGGCGCACAGCUCGAACGGAUGAACUUGCCGGUGGAGCUGCGGGAGUUCAUCCAAGCGCUGCCCUCCCCCUACAUACUCUACGAUCACCACCGCAAGCGACAGGACACCAAAAAACCGCCUCGCUCAUCGGAACGGCGGCGCGCGUCCAGUUCUUCCGAAGGUGACGCCCAAGCCCGUGGCACCUCUGGCGACGGCACGCCUCGGAAGGGCCUCCCUCUGGCGAUUCAGAUGUAUCUUUCCGCGGCGACAUUGAUCGUGGUUCCCGCCACGCUGAUAGACCAGUGGAUCCAAGAGUUUCACAAGUACACCCUGGACAACUACCUCAGCAUACUGGUCAUUCAGAGCAACCAAGAGUUCCCUCCGCCCGAGGAGCUCUCCAAAUACGACGUGGUGCUCACAUCGCACACGAGGAUCAGCAAGGAGAGAUGCACCCUCAACGGCUACAAUUCGUUCUCCGAGCGAUGCUACUGCGAUUUCGGCGUAAGGAGCGCCACCUGCAAGUCGUGCCAAACUUAUCGGCCUCUGAGCCCGCUCAUGCAAGUGUACUGGCUGCGUCUCAUCAUCGACGAGGGCCACGUGAUGGGCAACAAGCAGUCCAACCAGGCCAAUCUCGCCGCCAACCUCCUGUGCGAGAGAAAGUGGGCCUGCACCGGCACACCCACUCCAGGCAACCACCUCGCACCCUCAUAUCCCCUGUGA